AUGAUUGAGAGAGGGUAAACAGUUUUCACCAAUUUCUACUAAAUACAAAUAAAUCCAAAAAGCCACAUCUAUAGAUAUUAAAUUAUAUUUUAACCUACCAUAACACCGGAAUAACAGAUUUCUAAAUGGAGAGAUAUUUUUAAGGCAGCUAAGACAGGAUUAUAAGAAAACCUCAAGGUUUUUAUAACUAAUAAUUAAAUAUUAUACUCCCCAGUGAGAGCUUAAACGAUGGGAUUGAUUCUAGGAAUAUAUGAAGAAGAAGGAACCAGCUAUACUAUAUCUAUAGAAGAAAAAGCCGUUCUUAAACCUGGAGAACCUGAAUACACUGGAUUAAUUGGAAGAUUCUUUAAAAUGCUGUUAAAGUAGUAAAAGUUACUGCAAAUUGGUCGAAAGUACUUUAAUACUAAGAAUUUAAUAAAUUUUGAUUAAUUUGGUCUCAAAGUUUUACCUGGAGUGACAUGUAGCCUAAUAAAAUAGGAGGAAUUAGGUAAGUAUUACAUAAAUAUUGAUUCCUCCUUUAAAAUGUUAAGGUGUACUACUAUGUAUGAAGAAUUGCGCAACUCUAGGGAUUAUUCUUUAAUAGAAGGAGCCAUUAUUAUGACAGUGUAUAAUUAUAAAUUUUACAGGGUGAAUAAGAUAAACAGAGAAAUGAAUCCUAAAAGCGAGUUUGAAAAUUAGAAUGGAUCAAAAAUGAGUUAUAUGUAAUAUUAUUCUGAAAAGUAUAAAAUCAAUAUCAAAGACACGACUUAACCUUUAAUUGAAGUCUUAGAGAAAUCAAGAAAAAAAUAGGAAGAGAAAAUUAUUUAUUUAAUCCCUGAAUUAUGUGUGCUAACAGGAUUAUCAAAUGAAAUGAGAAACAACUUUUAAACUAUGAAAUAAUUAUCUACAGUAACUAAACCAAGAGGUGUUGAUAGAGUCAAAUAAGCUGAUCAAUUCAUUCAAUGUUUUCAUAAUAAGGAAAGCGAAGAACUCAUUAAGAAGUGGAAUAUUUAACUUGAAUCUAAAUGUCUACAAAUAUAGAGUUCUAAAGUCAAACCUGGUAAUAUUAUAAUGGGAAAUAACACCUAAAUAAAUAUAGAGACAGGCAAUUUGGACAGAGACACUUAAACUGCUAUGUUAAGAGGAGUAGGCUUAGAGAAUUGGGCCAUCUUGUACGGUGAUAGAGAUUCGAGGUAAGCUGAAGAUUUCAUGUCAUGUUUGAGAGAGAGUAUUGAAUAUUGUAAAUUCUAAUGCAAAGCUCCAAGAACAUUUACUAUCCAUUCAAGUAGAAUUGAAGAUUGGAUUAAACAAAUUGAUUUUAUAGUCUAAUAAUCACAAGGUCCAUAAAAAGUAACCCUCUUAUUAUUAAUUUUAAAUGGCCCAAAAAAGAAUGCUCCUUUAUACACAGAUCUAAAAAGAUAUUUAAUUAAUGAUUGUCCUAUAGCAUCUUAAGUAAUAUUAAGUUCUACAUUAAAUUAACCAAAAGGAAAAGUGAAAACAAUUUGUAAUAAAUUGUUGGUUUAAAUUUGCGCUAAGGUAGGAGGAACUCCUUGGGGAAUUUCAGAUUUGCCAUUCACUGAUCAACCAACAAUGAUUUGUGGAAUGGAUGUUUAUCAUUCUACAGCUAAAGGAAGAAAGUCAAUGUUAUCAUUUGUUUCGACUGAAGAUGAAUUCUUUAGUAAAUACAUGACGUAAUCUAUUGAAAUGGAUAGUGGGGUUGAGUUUUCAUUUAGUUUAUGCCCUAUUCUGGUAAAAUCUUUGGAGUCCUUCACAAGUGACAACAGGACACCUCUUCCUUCUAGAAUCAUAAUCUUUAGAGAUGGUGUUUCAAAUUCAUAAGCAAAAACUGUGAUUGAAACAGAAGUUGCCUAAUUUAGACAGGCGAUUGAAUAAGUAAAGAAGGCAAAAAAUCAUAAUAAACCAAUUAAAUUGGUUGUCCUUUCUGUUAACAAGAAAGUAGGAGCAAAAUUCUAUGCUGGAGAAAGAAACUUGGACAAUCCAUCAUAAGGAACUUUGAUUGACAGUGAAAUUUGUAAUGGGAAAGAUGGCUUUUAUUUGAUUGCUUAAAAAACCACCUAAGGGACUGUGUAGCCUACAUAUUAUCAUGUUUUAGUGAAUGAUUUGAUUGAUGAACCGAACAUUACAAACAAAUUGCAGGCUCUAGCUUAUAAACUUUGUUACAUGUAUUACAAUUUUAGUGGGGCAAUAAAAAUUCCUGCCCCAAUCUAAUAUGCUCAUGUUUGUUCUAACUUUAUUGGAGAUAGAUUUGAUCCUCGUAAGCCAUAGACUCUUAUUAGGCCAAACCAAAUAUUAAAUCAAAGAAGAUCCCUCUUCUUUAUAUGAAAUAUAUUAAUAAAUCCAUUAAAAUACAUAGGAUCAA